AGUGAUGAGAUAAACUGAUCAAUAAUAGCAGUGGCAUUAGUAARUAGAGGUUUUAUUGGUAAAGUAUUGAAAGUUUAACCAGAAUUCCUUAAAAGGCAAUUAUUCCUUCUCUGCACUGCUCUGGUAGCUUAAUUUAAAGAUUAUAUCGAUGCAAAACUCUGUGGUUGUUGAUGCCAAAGAAUGGAGGUUGGAGGAAGGGACUACUGCUUUUCUUGGAUACAAAUUUGCAUUUCUUCAAACAUUAAACAGAUGUAUGUAUUCCCUUGAGUUUUCACAUACAUCAUAACCUGCCUUUAAGAAAAUAUAUUCCAUAUGAAGCAGUAGUGUUUUUCUUCAAUGUACUGAACCUAAAUAUAUACUCAAUCAAGUAUUUGAGUGACUAGGGGGCUCUCACCUGCCCUCCCCAUUCUAAGUCAAGUAUAUAUAAAUAUGUGUGUGUGAAUGUGUGUAUGUAUAAUAUUUUAGGUGUUGUGAGCAUUAUUUUUUAAAGUCAUCCUAACCUUUUUUUUUGGGGGGGGGUAAUUACAAGGAAGAAAUUUUACUGGGCAGCUUUGGAUCUAGAAAGAGGGCACUCUAUGAAAAGACAUUGGAAAUUACUUUUUAAGAUUAUAGCAAAUGUCAGGCAGUCUUUGCUGACACUGCCUGGACCCUUUAGUGGCAUUUUAAAAAUUAAGCUCUGUGGCUACAAUAUUUUCUGCUCUUUACUAGAUUUCAUGCUUGAAUGCAAAUCAAUAUUUCUUUUCCCUCUAAAAUUAACACUAGAAAGAUGUUUUUGUUCUAUCAAGCCCCCCCUUUAAUUGUUUCAUUGAAAAAAGGAAAAGAGCAAAUGAGAAAUGAAGGUUGUAACAUUGUAAUUGAUACUAAUUUAUUCAGCUAUUUAUUCUGUGAGGUGAGACUGAAGUGCCAUUCAGAUGAAAUUUUAGUCCAAAAUGUUGGUGCUUCAAAAUGAUAAAAAGGGGCUUGAUUUUGUGUGUAUGGGUUUUUUUUUUUUGGGGGGGCAGGGAGUUUAUGUUCUCUGGACAGUGUGUAUGUUUUUCCCAGUAUAAUCUAAGGUACUUAAUUAAAAAGCAUAUUCUGAGAUAAAUGUCCCCUUUUUGAGCUUUUAAACACCCAAAUCUCACUCCGAAACUUUAAGAAAACUGUCAUCAAAAAAUUAUGUUGAUAAGUAGAGUACUUGUGUCCUGCCUGUUAAUAUUUCAAGUAAUUUAGAUGCAUAAUUUUCAGUUUCUUACACAGUAUAUAAUUUGGACCCUAUUUGGUGAACUGUGAUGAAUAUUUAAGAUGAGCGUGACUAAAUUCAGAGUUACAUUAGAAAAGCAAUUUCCCCAUGGAAUUAACUUUUUUGUUGAAAUUGGACAGAGAUUGGAUACCUUUUUAGAUAGGUGUUCUUGAGCACCACUGACAACACGGUUCUGACAGUAUUUCAUGACAAUGGAUGGUGACAGUUCUACAACAGAUGCUACCCAACUAGGAAUUUCUGCAGACUACAUUGGAGGAAGUCAUUAUGUGAUACAGCCUCACGAUGAUACUGAGGACAGCAUGAAUGAUCAUGAAGAUACAAAUGGUUCAAAAGAAAGUUUCAGAGAACAAGAUAUAUAUCUUCCAAUUGCAAACGUGGCUAGGAUAAUGAAAAAUGCUAUACCUCAAACAGGAAAGAUUGCAAAAGAUGCCAAAGAAUGUGUGCAGRAAUGUGUGAGUGAGUUCAUAAGCUUUAUAACAUCAGAGGCAAGUGAAAGAUGCCAUCAAGAGAAGCGGAAGACAAUCAAUGGAGAGGAUAUUCUCUUUGCCAUGUCUACCUUAGGCUUUGACAGUUAUGUAGAACCUCUGAAAUUAUAUCUUCAGAAAUUCAGAGAGGCUAUGAAAGGAGAGAAGRGAAUUGGUGGGGCAGUCACAGCUACAGAUGGACUAAGUGAAGAACUUACAGAGGAGGCAUUUACAAACCAGUUACCAGCUGGCUUAAUAACUGCAGAUGGUCAACAACAAAAUGUUAUGGUUUACACAACGUCCUAUCAACAGAUUUCUGGUGUUCAACAAAUUCAGUUUUCAUGAUCURAAGAAAUGACGGAAUGGGGAGUGGAGAGAAGUGAGCGUGUACGAUUCGGGAACAGAGACAUGAGAGGAAAUGACUGGUGAAGCGCUGUCUCUUUGUAUAUUAAGUAGCUGUAAUGUAGCUUCCUGAUGCUUGACUAAUUGAGGUGUUAAUUCUGACUUGAUGAGAAUCUUUUUCAUGAAUGAUUUUAAAGACAAAUUUGGAUUUUAAAGGUAUUAAAAUAUUUUUGUUUUGUACAAGAGUUUGUUGCUCUGUAUGACGCCUGUAUGCAUUGUAUAUUGCAAUUUAUUACUGUCAGAGAUUUGUAGACAGUUUCUUAUUUUCAUAUUGAAUCAUGUUACUUUUGUAAUUCAAGUAAGCAGCUGGGUUAAUUCAUKAUGUUUGCCCUUUUAAUAAAAUAUAAGRGUAGAGUUCAUUUUGAAUGCAAGUUGCCUUUAUUAUAAAUUUGAGUUUGUCUUAGCUAUGUAAUAWCUUGCAUGAUAACCUAGCUAGAUUUUUAGCACUUGCUGUAUUUAUUGAAAUUAAUUUUUUCUUUUUUUGUUAAAAAGCAUUCAUAGCUUAAGCAGCACCAAUGUUUUUUAAAUGUAAUUGAAUAAUUAAGUGUGAAUGCAGAAGCAAAUAUUGUCUGCCCUAUUAAACUUGGUGCCCAUUAACAGUGUUUACACUGUUCAUUGUGCCUGUUAAUGUAGUUUUAGUUACUGGAGCUUUUGUUUAACACUAGGUUUGUUUUUGAUUUAUGUUAUUAUGAAUGUUGGAAUUCAUUUCAGUUUAAUGUGGUCCUGGCACUCCUGAAAUGGUGCCCCUUUUGUUUGGUAUUUGAUUUUUUUYCAAAGUGUAUCUUCAGGUAUUAACAGUGUCCUCUUCCAGAAGAGUAUUUUACAGUCUGUUGAUAAAUGUCUUCAUUUUACCUUUUUAAUUGAAAUAUCAGGUUUCCUGUUUUAUCAUGGGAACCAAGAAAUAUUGGACAUCAUUGUGUAUACAGACCUUUUGCACGAGUGAGUGAACAAAAUGGAGUGAGUGCUGUGAARKUAUGAAGUAGAAGCAGUGUGCUGUCUUGAUCUUUGCAAUAAACUAAACUUAGAUAAUKUAACUUUGUAUAAUUUAGCAGUAUGUACUUGAGUUGUUGCUUUUUUAAAGUGAGGAUUUGUAUUUUCUCAUUAUUCUUUUUGGUGAUAUUAACUAAUAGGAGGGAUCUUUAAAUUGUAAUUUCAAAAGUGGCUAUUGGAUAGCUUGCAAGAAGGAAGCUUGGGUGUACACUGUAUGUGAGGGACAUCCAGGUGUCUGAGGUAGAGCAGUUUCCUAGAUACAGGCUGAGCAGACACGUUCACUUUGCUGGGAAAAACCUUUGGGAGCAGCAUCUCCGAAGUCGGUGACUCCCUCGCCUCCUACCCCCAUUCGAAAAAUAAUCUUUAUUAUAGAAAAUUCAAAAAGGAAAAAAGGGAGAGGGUGGUUAAGCAGAAUCCACAAUCAUCCUACUGUGUUGAAAUAACCAAUGWUAAUAUUUUGAUAAAUAUCAUUUGUCCUCUUACUUUGCUAAAUAUKUAUAUUUUUAUAAAAAUGGGCUCAUAUUGUGCAUACUGUUUUGUAACYUGCUUUUUUCACUUAACAAUAUAUUGUAAACAUGUUUCCCAGGUUAUGCAUAGUCUUCUGCAUCAUUUUUAUUGGUUUGUUACUCUGUUGUAUGACUGAAUCAUAAUUUAUUUAAUCGUCCAUUGGACAUUUUGACUACUGACAACUUUUUACAGUUAUAAACACUUCAAUGAACCUUGUGUACAUUCAUGACUUUUCUUGAAAUACAUUCUUAGAAGUAGAAUUGCUUAGGAGUAGAAGUAGCAGAUGYUAAGGCAUCUGAUACUUACAUAUAGAUAUAUUUUUGAAAUAUCUUCCAUUUGGCCCAAAUAUUGAGCCACUUUAUUUGACAAAAGCAUUUUUUAGUUAUCACAUUUAUACUCUAAAAUUUUUAAGAUUGGGUGUAUUUUGGCUGGGGAUGUAACUAAGUUGUGAGCUCUAGCCUAGCAUGA